UAUAAAAAAACACAAGAAGAAGAAGCAGCUGAGGGAAAUGGCCAAAGGGAAAGCAAAGAUUAACAUCAACGAGAACAUGGCUCCAGCCCAGACUCGGUCCCUUCGGUCAAAGAAGAGGGAAUGUUCAACCAGUGAAUCCUCCCAGGCGCAUGAUGUCCAAGCUUCUCUCCUUCAAAAGGAAACUGAAGGAGACGUCAAAGGAGCUGAUAACGGGGCGCUGCAGUCCAAUCUCCAAGACGGUGCGACAGUCACAAACAUAGAGCACCAGGGAGAGGAGCGGCCCAGUCUUUCAAAACCAGAUGAUGCUACAGACAUGGCAAAUAAUAAGAAGGAAGAGACUAGUGUCCAUGAUCCCACCCAUCGUUUUGAGGUGGAGACCUGUGGGGACCAAGCUAAUGAUCCUACCAACGAAAAGGAAACAUCUUCAGAAGAAUGUAGCAGAUCACCAGGCCAACCCCAGAUACUUGCGCCCCCCUCUGAAAAUGACCUCGAAUCCUGCUGUGUGGUUUUGGAGAAGCAAGUGGUUGGAAAUCGACCCUCGAAUCUGAAGAGGAAUCAGGACGGCAACAGAGAUAACCCCGGCUUUGGAGUGAGCGCUGUCAGUGAGACGGCGGUGGGUUUACCGGCCAAGAAGAAGCGAAGGAUGGGCAUGAGCGGUCUGACGGAGAAGGAACGGAGUCACUUUCUACAGGCAGGGCAGCAUAACGGCGCGAAGAGCGGCGAAGAGAUUGCAGCGAAACAAAAACAUUCUAAAACUAUGAAGCCUGUAGCCUUAGACGGAGACGACUCCCCGGCCUAUUUAGAGUCCUCACCUCCUCACAUCUCGGCAGAGGUUGUAGAGCAGAGAGAAGAGGAGCCGGAGUCCCCUCACAGUGGGGAGGAUCAAAGGUAA